AUGGGCAGCCCGCUGCGCAAGCCGGCAAGCCGCAAAUGGCAGGCAGCGUUCGACAGCAGCGACAUGGACGAGACCCUCGACGAGGUGGACUUUGCAGUUGCCACCUUUGAUGUAGCCUACCGCAUGAAGGCACACAUGCCCAUCCUCAUGAGGCAGCUUGGCCGCAUCGUCCACACGCCCGAGAUAUGGCAAACACUGACCGACAUGGUCAUUGAGCGCGCAUUCAAUAAGAGCGCCGUGAAGGAGCGCUGGCCACACUUCAUGGUGCCGAGCCUUGCCUUUGUGCGCACCUUUGCCCGUGGCGCCAUGGACAGCGUCUGGGAGGAGGGCAUCGACUCAUACAUGCCAGAUCCCGCCUCAAUCCCUCCCCGAGCGUUUACUGUCGUCGAUCAUGCUCUAGACAACGACCCAGACGCAGAGGACAAGAAGCUUGUCGUAUUUAUCGACCACGACGGCAACGAGGUUCAUAGGUGCACUGGCAAGCAAGUCGCAGAUUACUGCACUCAUACACCCACACUACCAACUUCUGCCGUCGCACACACACACACAGUGGACAAGGACAAGCCGUCGACGACGUAG